AUGGCAAUUGAUAUUGAAGAAGUAAAUUUCUUACUUCCACCACCAGAUCAACCUGAAGACGACUAUUCUGAUCGCUUUUGUCCCAAUUCCCGUCAAACCUUCCGGAUAUGUCUUAACUUGAAAUUGGUCAUUGAUAAAGUCAUCCCAAUCAUAUUUGACGUCAACGAGAUCACCAAGGCCAACUCGCCAAUUCUUAACCACGAUGUGGUUCAAUUGGUUUUGAAAGCCGCUGGUGGUAAAGGUGAUGGUAAGCCAGGCACAACUUCACACAAAUAUCGUGCUGCUUUGAUCUUCUGUUUACUUAAGGUUUGUGGCUGGUAUUGGCAACAAAGUGAACAGGAAUUAACUGACAAUGAGUUAUAUUCCUUACGUGCCACGGCUGCCCAGAAAUUAGCUGCUAUUAUCAUUGAACAAGAAAAGAACGACAAGUACAUGUUCUUGGGAAUGUUGUGUCAUCGUUAUUCCAUUUGUUUAAAUGGUGUAGACGCAACUCCAGUUAGCGCCUUGGAAUUGGCAGUUGAUAUGCAUUCUACCAUUGUCAUUGGGUCUUCGGGUUACCAACGUUGUAUCAAAUGGUUAUGGCGAGGAUGGAUUAUGCAAUCCAAUGUUGACCCUCAUUCUUAUCUUAUGUAUAAGGGAGUAGCCUCCAAUUCCAUUAGAACUCACUUUGAUCCAGCAAGAAUCAAGACUCCAUAUUAUCAAAACAUAUUAGAAAUCAUCUUUAGCAUCUUUUAUUUGAUAUUGUUUUCAAUUGUUUUGAACACCCACAAGAUCAGCACGGGAAAAGUUGAUGGCUUUGAAGUGUUGUUUUAUAUCUUCACCUUGGGUUCAAUUGUCGAUGAAAUUGUUAAGUUUUAUCAUGUUGGUUGGAACUACUUGGGUUUUUGGAAUGCCUUGAAUGAUACCAUGUACACCAUUCUUUCAGUGUCAAUCUUCUUUAGACUUGCCAGCUUGGAUUCUCACGGUGCUGCUAGAGAAAAGUAUGAUGAAAUUUCAUUCAGAGUACUUUCAUGUGCUGCCCCAUUAAUGUGGUCAAGAUUAUUGUUGUACUUGGAUGCCCAAAAGUUUGUUGGUGCCAUGAUUGUUGUCUUGAAGACCAUGAUGAAGGAAUCGAUUUUGUUCUUUGUCUUGUUAUUCGUGGUUAUUGUUGGAUUCUUGCAAGGUUUUAUCGGUUUAGAUAUCUCUGACGGUAGCAAUGACGUCACUCUGAAGAUCUUGAUAUCUUUAGUCAAGGCUGUCAUUGGAGAAUCUUCAUUGGACGAUAUGGGUAAUUUGAUCCCACCAUAUGCAUCAAUAUUGUAUUACAUCUAUUCAUUCCUUUUAUCCGUCAUCUUGAUGAACAUCUUGGUUGCCUUGUAUUCCACUGCAUAUGCAGCAAUUGUUGAGAAUGCCACCGAUGAAUACUUUGCCUUGGUGGCUCAAAAGACAUUGAGAUAUAUCAGAGCUCCAGAUCAAGAUCUUUAUGUCCCUCCAUUCAAUCUUAUUGAAAUGGUAAUAACUCCGCUCGGUUGGUUUUUGCCUCAUGAAGCAUUCAAGUUGGUCAACUAUUAUGUCAUGUUAAUUAUUUACUCGCCCAUGCUUGCCUACAUCACCGCUGAUGAAUUAGCAAAUGCCAGAAGAAUCCAAUAUAACAGAUUUAGAGGAUUAGCUGAUGAUGCCAAUGAAGUUGAUACCGAAUGGGACUUGACUGAUGGAUACGAUGACACUUUCUUGCCUUCAAGUGAAGGAAUCAGAGAAAGAACCGAAGAGGUUAGAGAAGAAUUGAGAACUCAAAGAGAAGGAGAAACCCAAGAUCCGGAAUUUAGAAUUAAUUUGCAAGAGUUUGAAGCUGAGAUCAACCUGGUAGUUAAACCAGUGGAGGCUGCAUUCAAAGCAGGGAUUAAUUGGGACUUGUAUGAAUUGUAUAGAAAGAUUGAGAGAUUAACCGAAUUACUUGAAACUGUCGUGAUUGAAAACCAAGAAUUGAAAAAGAAAGUUGCUGAUGCAGAAGGUACUAAAUAA